AUGGCAGAUACUGAAUCUGCGUGUGACCCUUUGCCACAGGACUCGUCGUGGCCAACGAACCGCGCCCCAGUAUUUAGCGACGACUAUCCAUCUUCCUUUAUGGAAGCAUCAGUGUUCCCUACCGCAAACCAGAAUUUGGGCUCUACGGCAGGCCCCUCACAAUCAUAUUAUGGACAAGGCAUACACGAUCCAUAUGCGACUGCUAAUGAGGUUAGCAUUCACAACAGUCGGCCGUUCACGCCGCUGUCCUCCUUCGCAACGUCCAGUAAUCAGUAUGGAAACGAUUACCAGACCUUCUCAAAUACUAUUGGAGAAGGUUUAGAUAACAAUAUGAGAUCCACAGGCGAACAGCAAACCGUCGACAAUCAAUGCUCCGGGGAUCACCCUGUCGAGCACGAUUACAGUGAGCGCAACGCACAUGGAAGCGCGUUCCAGAGCAGUCUAUAUGGACUGCACAAUGCCCUGGAGUGGCCACCCAGGGCAUAUGAAUCCCUCGAAGAGGAAGUGCCACAUACCAACGCAGGUACAUGGACGGACGAGUCCAUUGUGCCGGAGCAGCCGGCUCCAAGCACCUCCCAGGUACAAGGCCAUGUCCCCAGUUGUAUGGGGGGCCUUGGUGUCAGCGUUACACGUGAACGCAAGAGGAGGAAGGAAAAGGGAUUCCGGUUCGUCAAUCUAGCUGCUAGCUAG